GAUAAGGAGAGUAUUCUUUAACAAAAACACAAAGUUUUAAUGAUUUCUAACAAAUGGUCUCAAGGGUAAUUUUCCCUCCAUUCAAAUAAAACCUGGUCUGACAAACUCAGCAGAGUACUCGGUCUCCCUCUCUGAUCUUCACUGCCUUUCUCACAUGACUUUCUUGCCAUUAACUCCCUUGUACCACUUCACUUUAACCAACCCCCAUUAUUUCUUCCUUUCUUCUAUCUUUCCCUUUUCACUGUAUUUCUUCCUCUAAACUGGAAACCUUAAUUUCAAUAUAUAUAGUCUGGCUCUCCCAACAAUGGAAGCUUUUAGCCUACUCAAAUACUGGAAAUCCACCUCCAAUGGUGGAGAAAAUGGAGUUUCUCCUCAUACAUCACUUACUACUUCAGCACCCACCUCAUCCACCUCCACCAUUGUCACCACCGUAAGCGACGCCCAUGAUUCCGAUACCACCGACGACGACGGUCCUUUCUUUGAUUUGGAAUUUACUGUUCCUACUGAAGAUGAAGAAGAGGAAGAGACGGAUAAUGAUGAAGAAAACAAUGACGAGAAAGAAGCUGAGGAAAUUUAUGAAGAACUGGAAGAAGUAGUGUCAGAGGAGAGAGAAUUGGAAGAUACUAAUCUCAGAUUCUCACCGUCUGAUGACUUGUUUUUUAAAGGAAGAAUUGUGAGUAUCGACGCUUCCGAAGUGUCAUCGGAAAACAAAUCCGUUCAGUUUCCGAUUCCGGUGUCGCUUGUUAAAUCAGCGACUAAAUUUCGUGUGUUUUUAGCUGGAUUAAAACGGUCUAAAUCAAAAUCGAAGCAGCAACAAUGUCUACCAUUACAAAAUCAUAAUCACAAUAACAAAAACAAGUUCCUCGCUGUUAGAUUCAAAAUUGAUGAUGUUCCAGUUUUGUCUCUGCUCACUCGAGCUUCUUCGAACUCCAACAAUUGCGUCUCGAAUGCGUCGGAAGCUUUGAACGAGAAAGAGGACGAGAAGCGACAAAAACAGCCGGAGAAAAGCGACGAAAAAGACGAAGGUGAGAAGAAGAAUACACUAAAAAAGGAAGUGGUGCAGAAAUAUUUGAAAAUGGUGAAGCCAUUGUAUGUUAAAGUGUCGAAAAAAAAUCAAAAAGCGACAGCGGAGAAUGAGAAAGAAAAAAAAGAGAAAAAUAUGAGUCAAAAGCAAAGGUUGAAUUUGAAGGUAAUGGCUAAGAAACAUUUAGGAAAGAGUAAGUCGGCUCUUGUUCAUUCAAUGGUUCAGAGUAAUAAUCAUACUACUACUACUACUACUACUAAUAACAAUAAUAAUAAUAGUGAUAUAACGACGUCGUUUGGUUCUUCUUCUUCUUCAUCUUCAAAGAAGAGAGAUGAUUCUCUUUUUCAACAACAAGAUGGUAUUCAAAGCGCCAUUUUGCACUGUAAACGAUCCUUCAAUUCUUAUUCUUCCAAAGAUUUCUUCAAUGGAGAAGAAGCGAGUUCAGUUUUACUGACUCAGUUAGUAGCUGAGUCGUUGAAUGAGAAGAAGGAAAAGACUAUGGAGGAGCAAAACGGUGUCGUUGAGGCUGUACAAUGAAGAUUAAUAGGGGUAACAUUGUAAAUUUAGUACUAGUAGAAAAUUAGGGUGCACAAAGUAAAAAAAGUAGAAGUAAAAAGUAAAAAAGUGACUGUUGCCUGUAGAAGAAGCAGGGGCAAAAAUGGUGGGUAUCUUUUCUCCAUGGAAAAGGGUAACAAAAAUUAAAAUUAAAAUUAAAAAAAAAAAAAGAAUUUAUGUUAAGUAUGGUCUUGGUUUAAUGUACUUGUAAAAGUUGAAUCUAUUAAAAUAAUUUAGAGGAAGAAGAGUAUGUAGUAAGAGUAGUGAAUUAGUCAAAUAUGGAUUCCAUAUUUCCAUUCCAAGCAUUCCACUUUAAUUUUGGUGGUUGUAGUGAUUAGUCAUUAGUCUAUGAUAUUGAUAUGUAUGGAUCAUAAGAAUGGUUAAAGUUGUAAUGUGAUAUAUGAACAUCAAAAUUGUUUUGUUAUGUGCAUGUAAAUUGAUUGUUAUUUUGAGGAGAAGGUGGGACUGGAAUGGUGGAUGAUUGCAUUUGCAACUGAAGUUUGCAUCUCUAAUAUCCUCAUUAAUCUUCUUACAAAUUUAUUUUAAUUUUUAGUUCUAUUUUGAUGAAAUGUGUUAAUGUCAAUGUAAUUGA